AAACAUUGUGAAACUUCCAGAGAGGCAUUUCCAGACGGAGACGGGAUCUUCAGCCCAAGGCACUGGACUUCUCUAUUAUCACAACAGCUUUGACUGCAGUAGGAGUAACUUCUCUGUAAAAGCCUGUCUUUGAGAAAGUAUGGACGAAGGUGUAAAACUGGAGCUCAUGAAGAGCGUGACCCAGGAAAUGGAGGAUCUAUUCAAAGCAUUUUCAAAGGAGAAAGAAGCAGCAGCUGCAGCAUUAAAGGAACCUUGGUUUUUCAAAAUUUGGGAUCUUGACCAAAAGUGCUUUGUCCUAACGAACAAGACCCUGGUAGCAGUCCCUAAAGGUUCCAACUCAUCAGAGGAAUUACUGACUGUGGUCCCCAACACAGGUACACCGCAAGCAGAUAAAAAUAUAUUCCCUAUUUUUAUGGGUCUCCAAGAUGGGAAACAUGUCCUGUCCUGUGCUGAAUCUGGUGGUCGACCUCAGCUACAGAUAGCGGAUGAAGACAUCAUGAAUCUGUACCAAAAAAAUGAGCCACUCAAAACAUUCACCUUCCUCAAUCACACUGGAGGCAGCAACCAAGAAACUUGUUCUUUUGAAUCUGCAGCUUUCCCAGGUUGGUUCAUAAGCACAUCUUCUGAGGCAAACAAGCCUAUUAGUCUGGAACGCGAAGGAGGUGCGGCGAUCACCACUUUUUACUUUAAAAAAAGUUGAAGACACAGAACUGUAGUGGAACUAAAUCCAGCAAGAAGGGGAUCACAGUCUCAUAUGAAUCAAUGAAGUCCUAUGUUGUAUUUGCUCCUUUUAAAAAUCAAAUGUAAGACAUUACAUGGAUGAGAGAUGGUGGUAAAAUGGUUGUCGGUCAAAAUAUAUACUGUAUGACACUAUAUCUAAAACAAUAUCUCCAAGUGGUAUGCAAAAAUAUGCAAAAGUAUAAAUAGAAAUAGUCCUUAUGGUCACAAAAUCCAUUUAUUCAUUUAUCUUUUGCAACGCUUGCUUGUUAAUCUCCUUCUUUCCUCCAUUAAUUUGUCAACCUCACUGACAUUUACGUAUUUCAGCACUGAUUCUUUGGUUAUAGAGGCUUACAGAUGUACACUUAAUGUAUCUACAUAAAUGAAAUAUUUUUCCUCUUCUGUAAUAUAUAUCCUUAUCUCAAGAUCACUUUUUUGUAGUCCUUUAAAUUGUUUUGUUGAUGUGUGCAAGUAAUUUCUGAUUUAGGGUGAUGUUAAGACAAUGCCAUGGCCUUCUUCUGAGGCUGAGAUUUGGCCAAGGUCAUCCAAUGGGUUUCCAAGGCUGAGCAAGGAUUCAAACCUUGCAGAGCAAGUUAAAAAUAUUGACAAAUAAUCCUUUGGUAACUAUUGCUUGCAGUUCUUUCAACAAUUCUUCCAUUUAUUAGGUAACUCCGUAUUUGUAAAUACUUCAAGCAGGGAGGACACCAGCCAGGUAGAUUUUCACUGAUUAUUAUAUCAACCCUUAUGACCCUAGACUUAGGACUGGUUCGUGGCUUUGGUGUGGCUUCCAGAUUCUUAGGACGCAUGCAUCAUUUAAACAGCAUACCUCCAAAGUGACCCAAAGCAGCUUUAUUUUGGCCUGUCUGUAUGGGGCCUAUUUCCCCUUCUCUGACCAUUGGAUCCCAUUCCUAGUCUCUCUCUCCACCCACCCACCACCCGCCACCUCACUCCCACUGUCCAUUGGCAGUUAUCUGUGGUUUAAAAAGAUAUAUACAAUGUUUAACUAUGUGCUUAAUGGCAUCUGUGAUACAUGUUGCAAAGCUCAUGACACAAAGAGGAGUACAGCUUUAAUUAUAAAGGUGCCAUUCCACCUGUAUUCCACCAAGUGGUGAUAUUGCUCCAUAUUCUGUUUAGGAGUCUAAAGCACUGCUGAAAGAGACUCAGGCUGUUGUCCCACUCCAGAACUAAUGCAGUUUGACACCACUUUAACUAUCAUGGCUCCAUCCUAUGAAAUCCUGGAAUCUGUAGUUUGUUGUGGCACCAGAACUCUCUGAGAAAGAAGGCCAAA